UGUUGGAUAACCUUUUUUAAUUCAAUUGCAGUUCUAAACAAAACCUAUAAUGGGUAAAGAGAAGGUUCACAUUAGCAUUGUGGUCAUUGGCCAUGUCGACUCUGGAAAGUCCACCACAACUGGACAUUUGAUCUACAAACUUGGUGGUAUUGACAAGCGUGUGAUCGAGAGAUUCGAGAAGGAAGCUGCUGAGAUGAACAAGCGUUCAUUCAAGUACGCAUGGGUGUUGGACAAGCUUAAGGCCGAGCGUGAACGUGGUAUCACCAUCGAUAUUGCUUUGUGGAAGUUCGAGACCACCAAGUAUUACUGUACUGUUAUCGAUGCUCCUGGACAUCGUGAUUUCAUCAAGAACAUGAUUACUGGUACCUCCCAGGCUGAUUGUGCUGUCCUCAUCAUUGACUCCACAACUGGUGGUUUCGAAGCUGGUAUUUCUAAAGAUGGACAGACCCGUGAACACGCUCUUCUUGCUUUCACCCUUGGAGUCAAGCAGAUGAUCUGUUGUUGUAACAAGAUGGAUUCCACAACCCCAAAAUACUCAAAAGGCAGGUAUGAGGAAAUCGUGAAGGAAGUUUCAUCUUACCUCAAGAAGGUUGGUUACAACCCUGAUAAAAUCCCAUUCGUGCCAAUCUCUGGAUUCGAGGGUGAUAACAUGAUUGAAAGAUCCACCAAUCUUGACUGGUACAAGGGUCCAACCCUCCUCGAAGCUCUUGACUUAAUCUCUGAACCUAAGAGGCCAUCAGACAAACCACUCCGUCUUCCACUUCAAGAUGUCUACAAGAUUGGUGGUAUUGGAACUGUGCCCGUUGGUCGUGUUGAGACUGGUGUGAUCAAGCCAGGUAUGGUUGUUACAUUCGGACCCUCUGGACUUCAAACUGAAGUUAAAUCCGUUGAAAUGCACCACGAAGCUCUCCUUGAGGCUGGACCUGGUGACAAUGUGGGUUUCAAUGUUAAGAAUGUUGCAGUGAAGGAUCUUAAACGUGGGUUUGUUGCAUCCAACUCUAAAGAUGAUCCCGCUAAGGAAGCUGCUAGCUUUGUUGCUCAGGUUAUUAUCAUGAACCAUCCUGGACAGAUUGGAAAUGGGUAUGCUCCAGUUCUUGAUUGCCAUACUUCACAUAUUGCUGUUAAGUUUGCCGAGAUUCAGACCAAGAUUGAUAGGAGGUCUGGAAAGGAAAUUGAGAAAGAACCCAAGUUUUUGAAGAAUGGUGAUGCUGGUUUAGUUAAGAUGAUUCCAACCAAGCCUAUGGUUGUGGAGACAUUCUCAGAGUAUCCUCCUCUUGGUCGGUUUGCUGUUAGAGACAUGCGUCAGACUGUUGCUGUUGGUGUUAUUAAGAAUGUUGAGAAGAAGGAUCCAACUGGGGCUAAGGUCACCAAGGCAGCUCUGAAGAAGAAAUAAAUUGUUUCUUCCAUUUAUUUUUCUCAUCAUAUUUUCUAGUACUUUAUUUAUUAUGUCGGAUUUUGUUUCUUUUCAAAUUUUGGGAUCAUUUUCUCUUUAGAUCUUAAAUUUAUUGAUGGAUUAAAAUUUUGAAAUAUGGGUUUGGCUUCUUUCUUUUA